AAGUCUAAUGUAAAACCAUAUCCUUCCUUUUUCCUUCAUAUUCAUACACAACUGUCAGUGUUUGUUUUGUGACAGAGUUAACAUGUUGACUGGAAGUGUAAUGUUACAGGUGAUGAUAGCAUUUGAAGACCUGGCUGUGUACUUUACCUGGGAGGAAUGGCAGAACAUGAACAAUGCUCAGAAAAUCCUGUACAGAGAUGUGAUGCUGGAGACCUACAGCAGCCUCUUCUCCUUGGGGCACUGCAUUACCAAACCUGACUUAAUCUUCAAGUUGGAGCAAGGAGAAGAGCCAUGGAUGGUGGACAAAUGCUUGAAUCAGAGCCUUUCAGUGGUCAUGAAAAUGGAUGACCUGAUUAAGAUCAACCUGGAAAGUCAGGACAAAAAUCUGAAUCAGGAUUUUAUGAAAAAUAACAAGACAUCAGCUCACAAGAGAGUUGAAUUAAGAAAAACCCUUAGUUUAAAUUCAAGCCAUAUUCCAACAAUGAUUAUUAAAAAGGGAAUCUAUUCAGGAUUGAAGCCUGAGGAAUGCAAUAAAUGUCACACUGUGUAUCCCCACAGUGGGCCUGAUCAACUACAGGCUGGAGAGAAAUUUGAUAACACUAAGAUACCUGGAAAAUCUCUUCACUUCUAUGAGCCUCUUAGUCAGUAUGACAAUAUUCACAUCAUGAAGCAGCCAUUUGGACCCACUGGACAAGCAAAAGUCUUCACAAGAAAGAUGUUCUGUAAAUCUGAGAGGGUUCAUAUGGCAGAAAACUGUAAUAAAUCAACUGUCACUUUUGGAAAAACAACUCAAAUAGAAAAAGCUAUCCAUGAAAAUUCUAGCCUCAAAAUGCAUCAACAAACUCACACAAGAAAGAAAUUUUAUAAGUACAUUAAGUAUGUUGAACCUGUCAUUCACCAGUCACAUCUUGCAAUAAAUCACAGACUAAAUACAAGGGAAAAACUUUACACAUGUAACCCUUGUGGAAAAUCACUCAGUAUUAAUUCACCUUAUGAAUGUAAUGACUCUGGAAAAGACUUUGAACAAAAGUCAGUCCUCAGGAAAUGUCAACAAAUUCACACAGGAGAGAAAUCACAUGAAUGUAGUGAUUGUGGAAAAGCCUUUACACAAAAGUCAUACCUCAUAAACCAUCAGCGAAUUCACACAGGAGAGAAACUUUAUAAAUGCCUUCAUUGUGGAAGAGGCUUUCUGUGGAAGUCAGCCCUCAUCAUACACCAGAGAAUUCACACAGGGGAGAAACCUCAUGAAUGUAAUGACUGUGGAAAAGCCUUUGGACAAAAGUCACACCUCAUCAUACACCAGCGAAUUCACACAGGGGAGAAACCUCAUGAAUGUAAUGACUGUGGAAAAUCCUUUGGACACAAGUCAAACCUCAUCAGACACCAGCAAAUUCACACAGGGGAGAAACCUCAUAAAUGUAAUGACUGUGGAAAAGCAUUUGGACAAAAGUCAGGCCUCAUCAUACACCAGCGAAUUCACACAGGGGAGAAACCUCAUGAAUGUAAUGACUGUGGAAAAGCCUUUGGACGAAAGUCAGGCCUCAUCAUACACCAGCGAAUUCACACAGGGGAGAAACCUCAUGAAUGUAAUGACUGUGGAAAAGCCUUUGGACAAAAGUCAGACCUCAUCAUACACCAGCGAAUUCACACAGGGGAGAAACUUCAUGAAUGUAAUGACUGUGGAAAAGCCUUUGGAUGCAAGUCACACCUCAUGAAACAUCAGCGAAUUCACACAGGGCAGAAACCUCAUGAAUGUAAUGACUGUGGAAAAGCCUUUGGACGAAAGUCACACCUCAUAAACCAUCAGCAAAUUCACACAGGGGAGAAACCUCAUAAAUGUAAUGACUGUGGAAAAGCCUUUGGACAAAAGUCACGCCUCAUCAUACACCAGCGAAUUCACACAGGGGAGAAACCUAAUGAAUGUAAUGACUGUGGAAAAGCCUUUGGACAAAAGUCAGGCCUCAUCAUACACCAGCGAAUUCACACAGGGGAGAAACCUCAUGAAUGUAAUGACUGUGGAAAAGCAUUUGGACAAAAGUCAGACCUCAUAAUACACCAGCGAAUUCACACAGGGGAGAAACCUCAUGAAUGUAAUGACUGUGGAAAAGCCUUUGGACACAAGUCAAACCUCAUCAGACACCAGCAAAUUCACACAGGACAGAAACCUCAUAAAUGUAAUGACUGUGGAAAAGCAUUUGGACAAAAGUCAGGCCUCAUCGUACAUCAGCAAAUUCACAAAAGGGAGAAACCUCAUGAAUGUAAUGGCGAUGGAAAGGCCUUUGGAUGAAAGUCAGACCUCAUGAAACAUCAGUGAAUUCACACAGGGGAGAAACCUCAUAAAUGUAAUGACUGUGGAAAAGCAUUUGGACGAAAGUCACACCUCAUCGUACACCAGAGAAUUCACAUGGGGCAGAAAUCUCAUGAAUGUAAUAACUGGCAAAGCCUUUGGACACAAGUCACACCUCAUCAUACACCAGAGAAUUCAC